AUGCCUUUAAAACACUACACAGGAUCGUGGUAUCCGGAAGGAUUUUUCGGCUCAUCGUUCGAUGCUCUACGCCGUGAAACCAAUAUUCAGUUCCGUACUGAAGCCAAACCAAAUCCACCGUACCUUUUCCUAAGGCGAUUAGCUGAACCAACGCAUAAACACGUUUUCUCCGAACAUGAUAACCGGCGCUUGUUGGAAAAAGAUGGCAGUCAUUUGGACCGGACUGCCGGACGUCGACGUCGAUCGAACCGACCGUCCAGUGCGGCCACCACCUUUCGCUCCUUUCGAUGGACCAAAGAUGAGGAUGGUGAACAGGCCAGUCUGACCACAUACCAGGUAGUGUACAAUAAUACAGGUGCCGUGGAUAUGAACAAACGGAUCUCUGAAUUCCUUCCCAACCUUGGGCUAACUGCUGGAUCCUUGAAAUCCUCGUAUCGUGAAAGUUACCAAGCUCCAGAAGCAUCGAAAGCAACGGAGAACAAUCAGCCGAAACUACAGACGUCAUCAAAUUCGGCAUCCCGGCGUAUUCGUCCUCAAACCAGUCAACCCAGACUCACCGUGGCCGACUGCUUGAUUUGGAAACCGUUCAGCCCACCCGAAAAGAAACAAAUUGAGCUAUCAGGUGGUCACGUAACAGUCGGAUGA